AACCAUCCAAGGAGAAAGAUGUCUCUCAAAUACUUAACAUUGUUCUUCAUUGGUGCAGUGGUUCUUACCACUCCCUCCCUGGCUGAUUACCAGAAGCCACCUCAACAUGAGCACAAGCCACCAAGUCCUUUCACUAGUCCUCCCAAGAACAAGCCUGAACCACCAGUUUACCCACCUCCAAAGGCAGAGAAACCACUACCAGAGCACAAACCACCAAUGCCGGCUCCUAAGCCUCCUAAACCUGAGAGGCCAUUCCAUAAGCACAAGCCACAACCACCAGUUUACCCACCUCUAACGGCAGAGAAGCCACUGCUAGAACAUGAACCACCAGUGUUAGCUCCUAAACCUCCUAAAUCAGAGAAGCCAGGUCCUGAGCACAAGCCACCAAGCCCAGUUCACAAGCAUCCUAAAACAGAAGAGCCAAAACCUGAGCACAAGAAACCAACUCUGCCUCCCAUGGUAGGAGCACCAGCCCCAAUGCACAAGCCAUUACCACAUCAUGGUCACUACCCUGGACACCCUCCAAGGAAGGAAGCUGAAGCUCCUCACAGACCACCCAGGAGGAUGAUGCCUCCUCCUCAUGAGAAGGCACCUAGCCCAUAUUAAAGGUCACCCCAUGGCCCUCCAUCACCUUGCCAUGCAUAUUGAGUUUUACACUUAUAGAUAUCUUUAAUUACAAAAUAAGAACUUAUGGGACUUAUCAUCUUUAUUGAGGAGGAUUGUUCAUGUCAUUGCUCAUUGUAGUGUUUCUUAUUUGUUAUCUGCGUGUAGCUAAUGAGCAAAUUAUAGUUUCUCUUAUUUACUGCUUAGAGUUUCCUUUGUAUGGAUUUUCGUU